GGGCCCAUGUUGUUUAGAGAGAAAGAGAAGAAUAAGCUAUAGGAGUAUCCAACGCGGCAUUGACAUGUAAUGCGAGACACACAGGAGCGUUGAUAGGGUUGUCCUCAGGUGAACCCUUCUCUUGUGUUCUGAAUGAAUCUGCACGGACACACCAAAAUUUAACUUAUUUUUCCCAAUCACGCUCGCUUCCUACCACAAUCCUAUUUCCCAUGGAGUUUGGGAUUGAUAGCUCCAUUAGUGGUGAGACAGUAACAGUAGGAAAUGCUUCUAUAGGGCAGAUUAAUAGCAGCACAGCUGAUGAAAACAAAGUGGGAUGCAGUUCUUUUAAUCCUGCCUAUAAACAAGAUCAUGAUGAUAAUAUAACUCAAGAUUCUUCUGGAGGGGACACAAUCCCAUCAGGAAUUCCUGCAGUAUCAAUUGUGUCAGCUGAUGAGCCCUAUGUGGGUCAGGAGUUUGAAUCUGAAGCUGCAGCACAUGCAUUCUAUAAUGCAUAUGCUACACGUGUUGGAUUCAUCAUACGUGUAAGUAAGCUCUCUCGAUCAAGGCGUGAUGGAACUGCUAUUGGACGGGCUCUUGUUUGCAACAGAGAAGGUUAUAGAAUGCCUGACAAACGUGAAAAGAUUGUAAGGCAAAGGGCAGAGACAAGGGUUGGUUGCAGGGCAAUGAUCUUGGUGAGGAAAGUAAGUUCUGGUAAAUGGGUUGUUACAAAGUUUAUAAAGGAGCACACACAUCCUUUGGCACCUGGAAAAGGUAGAAGGGAUUGCAUUUAUGAGCAAUAUCCGAAUGAGCAUGAUAAAAUUCGAGAACUAUCUCAGCAGUUGGCUUUAGAGAAAAAGCGCUCUGCAACCUAUAAAAGGCAUCUUGAAUUGAUAUUUGAGCACAUUGAGGAACAUAAUGACAGCCUUUCAAAGAAAAUACAGCACAUAGUAGACAGUGUGAAUGAGAUGGAAACCAAGGAACAACAGAGUCACAGAUAGAUUCAGCUCUUGGUUAUAUAGUCUUUUCAUUCUUUUUCACUGGAUGAAACACAGAAUCAACUGACCGGGUCAAAAGGUGCUGCUAGAAAUAUCAUGCAAUAAUAUAGUUGCUGACCUAGGUAUCUACCUCGUUCCAUCCUUAGGUGUCAGGUGAGUUCUAUAGUUCAGUUUGUUAAGUUCAAUGGAACUCAAUAAUUCAUUGGAUUGCUCUAUUUAGCUGUAGAAGAAACUAGUUCAGUCAAUGUACAGGUAAUUUGAGUCCAUUCUUCAGAAAUUAUUACUAACAAUAUGCGACUCAUAACAGGCAUUCAAAUGCCUUGAUAGAAUUUAAUUGUUCCAUUGUUGAUGUUGUAAAGUUUGAUCCAUGGCUGUGUUCUUUGUAUAGCAUUUGAAUAAUAUUGGGAAUGCACAGUCCGGAUGUUCAUAUUAUUUU